AGACAGAGAGACAGAGACAGAGACAGAGACAGAGACAGAGUCAGAGAGAGAUCAAUGUUACUUUAAUCCCAACAUUCAUACCAGCUCCACCAUUUCCAAAUGGUAAAACAUUUUGAGCCCCAUGUGGAGGCCGGAUUUGUUUGAGCCUGACCUUAGCCCUCUUGUGCUAGGGGCCCUUGAGGAACAACAUCUCAGCUCCAGCUCCAAGCAGAUUCUUUAUAGGCAUUGUGGCCUCUUGUAAAAACCUUCUGCACCUCAGCUCCAGAGCCAUGCCAACUUCAGAGCCACUGGGGGUGCUCUGACCACCACCUAUGGACUCCUGCCUAGCAGAGUCCUUCAGAAGGCCAGACAAGAGUGAUAUUAGUGGACAGGCAGGCUGUUGAGGCCAGCAGAUCACCUCUCUCCAUCCUCAGGGGACUCACCAAGCUCCUACUUCAUCACCAAAUUACAGAUGAGUCUGAAACCGAGUUAGGGACUAGCUGUAUAAUACACAGGGCCUGGGGAUGAUUUAAAAUAUGGUACUUGUGCUAAAAACUGAGGAAUUUCAAGAGGUGAAGAGGAUAUUCAGCCUAGCACUGUGGUCCUUCCAGGUGCCCACCAGACCACUCUCCAUAGUCAUUAUGGCUUCUUGUUAAAAACCCUCUGCACCUCUGCUCCAGGGCCAUGCCAACUUCAGAGCACCAGCCUCAGGCCACCCUUGAAAACAUCAUGGUUCCAUGUGUGCAGGAGGACCUCUAAAGGGAGACGGAGAAGGCAGAGACUGGUCCCUUCCUGAUCUGCAGCUGCCCCGAAUCACUGAGAGAUGCAAGCUGAUAGGAGCAUGAAGAUGGGGCACGCCUUAAACCCCUUCAGCACCUCUGCCCCACUUGAUGCCACAGCUGGGCCCAGUCUCAUCCCAGACCUCAUCACCAGGAUCCCCUCAGCCUGUGCCCCUGGCCUAGGGCCUCGCUGGACCCUCUUUAUCGCCAUCCUUGCUGCUGGAGUCCUCUUAGUCUCCUGUUUGCUCUGUGUCAUCUGUUGCUAUUGCCACCGCCAUCGCCACAGGAAGCAACCCAAGGAUAAAGAAACUGUGGGCCUGGGCAGUGCCCGUAAUAGCACCACUACUCACCUGGUUCAACCAGAUGUGGACUGCCUAGAACCCUGCUCUGGAGGGGACCAACAGUGGGGUCGACUCCUGCUGUCACUAGAGUAUGAUUUUGGAAGCCAGGAGAUUAGAGUGGGCCUGAGGCAGGCUGGAAACCUGAAGGCUGAGGGCACAGCAGACCCCUACGCCUGGGUCAGUGUGUCCACCCAGUCUGGGAGAAGACAUGAGACAAAGGUGCACCGAGGGACGCUCUCUCCCAUGUUUGAAGAGACAUGCUGCUUUCUGGUCCCACCAGCAGAGCUGCCCAAAGCCACUCUGAAGGUGCAGCUGUGGGACUUCAAGCGGUUUUCAGAACACGAGCCACUGGGUGAGCUCCAACUACCCCUGGGCACCGUGGACCUUCAACAUGUCCUGGAGAGCUGGUACCAGCUAGGCCCUCCAGGGACCACUGAGCCUGAGCAGAUGGGGGAGCUGUGCUUCUCACUACGCUACGUGCCCAGCUCAGGCAGCCUGACUGUGGUUGUACUGGAGGCUCGGGGUCUGAAUCCGGGGCUUGCAGAGGCCUACGUGAAGAUCCAGCUUAUGUUAAACCAGAGAAAAUGGAAGAAGAGCAAAACAUCCUCCAAGAAAGGCACGACUACCCCCUACUUCAACGAGGCCUUCGUCUUCCUGGUUCCCGUUAGCCAGCUCCAGAGUGUGGACCUGGUGCUGGCUGUCUGGGCCCGUGGUCUGCAGCUCCGGACUGAGCCUGUGGGCAAAGUGCUGCUGGGUUCCCGGGCUUCUGGCCAACCCCUACAGCACUGGGCAGACAUGCUGGCCCAUGCUCGGCGGCCCAUCGCCCAGUGGCACCACCUGCGGUCCCCCAGGGAAGUGGAUCGUGUUCUGGCCCUGCAGCCUCGCCUUCCCCUGCUUAGGCCUCGCUCCUGAAAGCACCGCGGGUCUCAGUUUUCCCAGAUGGAGAGCUGUGGAUAUUUGUGCAGGCUCUUCAGAUCUCUCUGUAAUAAACAAAUUCUCUUUCACACUCA